AUGGUCUCUUCAGACAAAGAACAAUCAAGUAUUAUGAGUUUAUACCAUGGUAUCCGUGUCUGGCACCAUGGCUGUGGCAUAUUUCACAUCCGCACCCGUCAGCUGUCUCGACAUCUUUUUGUUUUCAUAUGCAAAACUGAGUCUCUCAGACAAUUCAGUCUAGACCCGUGGGCCGCUCCGCUCCUCCCCCUGUUACCCAUCUGCCCACUUUUUCAUUUGGGGUCUGUGGGUGUGGGUCAGCUCAGCUGUGGGAAUUUGGUCUUCUUGUGUUAUUAGUUUGACUCUGGACGUGAGAGGAUCGAGUCGAGGGUUGAAUUUGGCAACAUGCAGCUUCAUGCAGGCGACGGCUCGCAGCCGUGUGCGCAGACGCUGUGCAGAUCUCAGCUGGAGUUUGUUCAGAUUCUGGUGAUUGUUGUGGUGAUGAUGAUGAUGGUGGUGGUCAUCACAUGUCUGUUAAAUCACUACAGACUCUCAACACAAUCUCUUAUCUCCCGUCACGGACGAGCGAGACAACAUCACCUACCCCUAACAUCGGACGUCAGUUUGUGGUCAUCUGAUGGUACAGGAUCUUCUGGUGAGCAGGUGUAUACACCUCGACCGCCCGACCGCGCCCCUCCUUACCUCCAGCGUCAACGUCUGCCCCGCUUUCAGCCCACUUACCCUUACCUGCCCCACUCCAUCAUCGAUCUUCCCCCGACCAUCUCGCUGUCAGAUGGAGAAGAGCCGCCGCCCUACCAGGGUCAAUGCACGCUUCAGCUCAGAGACCCGGAGCAGCAGCUGGAGCUCAACAGGGAGUCGGUCCGAGCUCCUCCCAAUCGCACCGUAUUUGACAGUCCGCUUACAGACUCGUCUCUGUGCCCGCCGAGCGUCAACGCGGGCAUCAGCGCUGGCAGAAUGGAGGGCGCACCGCCCGCUUACAGUGAAGUAAUAGGGCACUACUAUCACCCGACAUCAUUACCGCAGACCGCCAGACCCGAUGCGGGACUGGUUCGGGGUGUACUGCAGCCGACCCCGCCCCGACUCAUCCGCACAGACAGCAAAAACACCCGCGACAAAGAAAAACACAAAGCACAGCAGGUCUGAUAUCAGCAUUGAGAUAAGUGACGUCGGUCAGUAUGAAGCUCUGGUGUUUGUGGAGGAAAAGCAUGAAAGACUUAAAAUGGCUGCUCGUUCUCUUCCAAAUCUUGCCCACUUUUUCCUUUUCAACUAAAACCUUGCUGAUGAAAGUCAAAGGUUAAACAUUUACUCUAAAUAUUUCCAUGUUAUUCAUCGUCAGUGCCAUUUUUUUUUUCAUCAUGAGUGACUGUGGAGAGUUUGGAUAUCUUCCUUUAGAUGUUUUAAUGUCAUCCACAUGUGCUUAUUUAAACUGUGCUGUAUGUGUUUAUGUGUGUGUGUGUGUGUCACACGCUGGUCUAUGCAUUAAUGUAUGUGCGUGUAUAUAGGCUACUAUAUAAAUAUAUACAGUAUAUACAUGUAUAUCAAAGGCAGAAAAGACAAACGUAAAAAUCACCAUUUUAGAGUUAUUUAUAUAAAUGUCUAAAAUUGCACUAUUUUAAUAUAAGAAUUUGAGGCUUUGAGCAGUCCACAAAUCACAAGACAGAAAGACAUUGGACUGAAGUGUGUGUGCGUGUGUGUGUGUGUGUGCGUGCGUGUGUGUGUGCGUGCGUGUGUGUGUGUGUGUGUGUGUGUGUGUGUGUGUGUGUGUGUGUGUGUGUGUGUGUGUGUGUGUGUGUGUGUGUGUGUGUGUGUGUGUGUGUGUGUGUGUGUGUGUGUGUGUGUGUGUGUGUGUGUGUGUGUCUGUGUGUGCGUGUGUGUGUGUGCGUGUGCACGUUGACCAGUUGCCCUUAACCACACAAAGCCGUCGAUGAAGACGGAUCUAUUAAACCUGUGCUUCACGGCUCGACAGAACAAGUCUUAAAUCAGCUGAGAGUUCUAGAGAUCAAAACUAAAGUCAUCUAAACUAGUCAAACAACUAGUCAAAGAGGCUUUAAGAAAAGUUCUAGUUUAGUAGAACUAGUUUAGUUUAGUUUUUUAAACCGAGCUCUUUUCCAUUCUGCCUUAGGUUUUCUUGAGCUCUGUGUGAGAUAAAUUCACAAUCAUUGAUGUUUAGAGCAGCGGUUGAGAGAUUUUCUUCUGUUCGGCUGGGAAACUCUUUCUGUCGGCUCGGCUCGGGCGUCUCUAAAAGCACUUUAUAGACAUGUGAGAGAAAAUGAUCUGUAAGCCAUGAUUUCAUUGAGAGGAAAAGAAACUAAAGCAAAUGAAUAUGCAACUGUUUCCUCGCUGGCUGGAGUCAGAUUGAUCACAUCCACCAUCUUCUGUAAGAGAUAGAGAGAGAGAGAUUUUGGGUGGUACACAAAUUAGUGGCACAUCAAUGAAUCAAUCCAAAUGUAACCCAAUCUCAUUCAUACACUGCCAAAUACUGACUCACGGGACAGCUGCCAGUCUCAUGAAUCAUCUCAGUCUGACCCGUGAGGGAAUAUUCCUCUGGUUUAUUUUUACUUACUGAAGGAUUGCUCUUCAUUGAACACAAUUGAACAUGAUCAGAAUCAGAGACGCUUCACUUAAACACGUAUAAAGGUGUUGUCAUGGUUCGAUUCGGAUCUUAUGAUCAAAAGAUUUGGAUGAAACCGCACCUUUAUGUCUGUUUGAAUCCCAUUCACUGUCAUUGUAUGGAUAAAAAGCAGCUGAAUCUUUCCUCA